AGGCCCAAAAUAGACCAGUGAGUGGUGGUGCUUCAGAGUGCGCGUCUCCGAAUCUCGCGCUUCUCGUCUGCGAUUCGAAAAAAUUCGUCUGCAAAUACCGAAAAUAAUAUUUUUCAACGGCCCGAGAAAGGUCACAGGUCAGACAGUUACUCGCCCGGGAGGAGGUCACCUUUGGCAGCUCCGAAAGCAGCACACACGCGCCCAGUGAGGUUGGAAGCUGAGGCGAAAAUGGACGCCGUGUACCCAGAGCCGCUGUCUCGGUUGCAUGCGUCUCAACAACACCGCCGUCCUGUCCGCAAAAACAAAGGCCGCAAAGGCUCAACAGCGGCGCGCUACAGGACCCAGCCGGUCACUUUCCAGGAAAUACAGGAAGUUGAUGAGGAGAACCUGGAGGACGGUGGGUUUUUUUCAAGAUGCGAGGCGCACAGCUCGGCCAAUUCGAGGUCCGAGUUGGACCUGAAGGCGCACUUUUCCGAGUUCCUGAAGCUGCAGAAGGAGGCGAUCAGCGAGCGGAUAAAAGAGCAGCCGAGUGUUGCCGCGAAGGACAAUCAAAAUAAUCAAAAUAAGGCGCAGCAACCGAGGCCACCACUCUGACUGCAAGCACAAGUGCCUUCUUUUUUACGGAAAAAAAGUGCUCACUUUAAUUAUGUGAAGUGAUUUUUAGACUAAUUCAUUGUUCUGCAUUUGGUCCUCGAGUAGAAAAGAAUAUUUAUUAUAUAUUUCCACGAAAAGGUCCCCUUUAAUUUGAGUUAAAUAUUUGACUUUGAAAAUUAUAUAUUUAAUGUAUGAAUGAUCUUUUUAUAUAAUAAUUUUGCGUUUAUUACGUUAAAAAGUAUAUCGAGUGUUUUAUGUCCGCUUUUAAAUUUAUUAAAAAUAAAAUUUAAA